AUGGGGGGGAAGCUGUACAUCCAGGCCGAGCCCCCCACCAACAAGUCGCUGUCGAGCCUGGUGGUGCAGCUGCUGCAGUUCCAGGAGGAGGUGUUCGGCAAGCACGUCAGCAACGCGCCCCUCACCAAACUGCCGAUCAAAUGCUUCUUGGAUUUCAAGGCGGGGGGAGCCCUGUGCCCCAUCCUGGCAGCUGCCUAUAAAUUCAAGAGCGACCAAGGAUGGCGGCGUUUCGAUUUCCAGAAUCCCUCGCGGAUGGAUCGCAACGUGGAGAUGUUCAUGACCAUCGAGAAAUCCCUGGUGCAGCUCCAUGCUCAGCCCUGGCCCUGCUCCAUGUCCCCCACAGAGGAGUGGGUCCGGCCGGUCAUGAAGCGUGACAAGCAGGUCCUGCUGCACUGGGGCUACUACCCGGACAGUUAUGACACCUGGAUCCCUGCCAGCGAGAUUGAGGCUUCUGUGGAGGACGCCCCGACACCGGAGAAGCCCCGGAAGGUCCAUGCCAAGUGGAUCCUGGACACGGACACUUUCAACGAGUGGAUGAAUGAGGAGGACUAUGAGGUGACGGACGAGAAGAGCCCAGUCACCCGCAGGAAGAAGAUCUCGGCCAAGACGCUGACGGACGAGGUGAACAGCCCUGACUCGGACCGGCGGGACAAGAAGGGUGGCAACUACAAGAAGCGGAAGCGCUCGCCCUCCCCCUCGCCCACCCCAGAGGCCAAGAAGAAGAACGCGAAGAAGGGACCUUCUACCCCCUACAACAAAUCCAAGCGCGGGCACCGCGAGGAGGAGCAGGAGGAUCUGACCAAGGACAUGGAUGAGCCCUCGCCCGUCCCCAAUGUGGAGGAGGUCACCCUGCCCAAGACAGUCAACACCAAGAAGGACUCGGAAUCUGCGCCCGUCAAGGGGGGGACCAUGACAGACCUGGAUGAGCAGGAGGACGAGAGCAUGGAGACAGCUGGCAAGGAUGAGGAGGAGAACGGCACCGGGAGCAAGGGGGAGCAGGCCAAGAACCCCGACCUGCACGAGGACAACGUGACGGAGCAGACCCACCACAUCAUCAUCCCCAGCUACGCUGCCUGGUUCGACUACAACAGCGUCCACGCCAUCGAGCGCCGAGCCCUGCCCGAGUUCUUCAACGGCAAGAAUAAAUCCAAGACCCCCGAAAUAUACUUGGCCUACCGCAACUUCAUGAUCGACACGUACCGGCUGAACCCGCAGGAGUACCUGACCCCCACCCCCCCUUCCCGGCGCCUGCCGAUCGAGGAUCCCUACCUGGAGGACUCGGAGGCGUCGCUGGGGCCGCUUGCCUACCAGCCCAUCCCCUUCAGCCAGUCCGGGAACCCUGUCAUGAGCACCGUCGCCUUCCUGGCCUCCGUCGUCGACCCCCGCGUCGCCUCUGCCGCCGCCAAGUCGGCUCUGGAGGAGUUCUCCAAGAUGAAGGAGGAGGUGCCCACGGCCCUGGUGGAGGCCCACGUCCGCAAGGUGGAGGAGGCAGCCAAGGUGACGGGCAAGGCCGACCCGGCCUUCGGGCUGGAGAGCAGUGGCAUCGCCGGCACCACCUCGGACGAGCCCGAGCGCAUCGGUGAGGGGCACGGG